AUGACCAAACUUAAGGCCUUUUUAAGCAAGGUUGACGAGAUGGACGAGAAGGCAGCGCAGAUGAUCAAGGGCAAAACCGUAGAGGAAUCGGGCGAGAUCCUCACCAAACUUUGGGACGACGUAUUGCCCCUGCUGGAAAACACGGAGGGAAAGGGAAUCACUCCGCAAAAUCUUGGAAAUCACCCCACGUUCAAGAAUUAUCUAACGAGGAAGCUACCCACCUGA